AUGGCCGCGAAGCCGCAGACCCAUGAGGAGAAGGAGCGCAAGUUCGCGGCCCUCUUCAACACCGUCCCCGCAGACCGGGAUGGGACGGGCAUGCCCGUGGGCAGCACGGACAAAGCGCGCGACGAGGCGCUGUCCGGCCUCACCUUCGACAAACUGGCGGAGAAGGCGCCCGAGUACAAGCUCCCCGAGCCGCCCAUGCCCGAGGCGGAGCACCCCAGCCUGAUGGAAGAGGCCGGCGAGCUGCCCAGCAAGGUGAUCGCCGGGGCUGCGCGCCGCUCCCCCGUGUCGGAGGCGUCGCCCUUUCCGGCCCCCACGGUUCGUGACAUCAUGGAGCGCCGGGCGGCGGCGCCCCGCCGCUGUUUGCCGGGGAGACUUUUGGGCGGUGGUCCACUGACGCCGCCCGAUUUUCUGACAUCUUUGCAGGGUGCAUCCGCUGAGCCCCUCGUGCUCGACGAGAAGCACAAGAAGUUCGUCGCCAUCUUUGGCCAGGUCACCGACGCCCAGGCCACCGAGUAUGGUGGCCAGGCGUUCGCCCCCGACAAGGAUGUGGCCUUCGAGGCGUUGCCCGAGAAGCACGAGGAGCCGGAGCUGCCCGACGUGAACGUGCAGCCGGAGCGGGACUUCCUGAAAGAAGACGCGGAGGAGAGGCGGCGCACGGCCCAGCCUGAAGAGAAGCACUCCGAGAAAUACGACAAAGCCCACGACGGAUUCGUCAAGAUAUUCAAGGCCCCAGUCUCAGAGGACUGA